GUUACCACGACACACCCCUUUAUUCAUUAUUCACGACAGCGAGUCACAACAGAUUAAAGUCGAGAGUGUUGCAUCCUGUUCAGGAUCUUGUGUGAAUCCGCACUGUGGUUGUGUUCAUAAUGGCGAUGAAGCUGGCUUACUGGGAUAUUAGAGGGCUUGCUCAGCCCAUUCGCCUGCUGUUGGAGUACACUGGCACCAAAUGGGAGGAUAAACUCUAUUCAUGCGGUGAAGCUCCCAAUUAUGAUAAAAGCUGCUGGUUGAAUGACAAAGCGAAGCUCAAAAUGGACUUUCCCAAUCUGCCCUACCUUGAGGAUGGAGAGAGAAAAAUUGCGCAGAGUAACGCCAUACUGAGAUACAUCGCCCGCAAACACAACCUGUGUGGGAAGACAGAGGAUGAGAUUGUCAGAGUGGACAUCCUGGAGAAUCAGGCAAUGGACUUCCGGAAUGGAUUUGUCAUGCUCUGUUAUUUUGACUUUGAGAGCAAAAAGCAAAGCUACUUGGAAGCACUGCCUGGAAUUCUGAAGCAAUUCUCUGACUUUUUGGGGGAGAGGAAGUGGUUUGCUGGUGAUAAGAUCACUUUUGUGGACUUCAUUAUGUAUGAAUUGUUGGACCAGCACCGCAUGUUUGAACCCAAAUGCCUGGACAAUUUCAAGAACCUUAGAGAUUUGUUGGACAGAUUUGAGGCGCUUGAGAAGAUAUCAGCGUACAUGAAGUCAAACAGAUUCAUGAAAACACCUGUCAACAGCAAGAUGGCGAAGUGGGGAAACAAAAAGGAAUGAGGCAGCAUCAUGUUUUUUGAUAGAUGAUGAUAAUAUAGGUAAUGGAAGUGAUUCAUGCUGAGUUUUUUUCAAACAAUGUUUUAAAUCACAUUUAAAAGCUUAAAGGUCCCUAAACAGCAUAGUUUUGAGACUGUAAUUGAACCAAAUUAGGCCAAUUUAUUUUGAAAAGGGUAUAAAUAAACGUCAGCAGAGCACUUGCAUUAAAUUUCAGUUGUUUAAAGCAAAAUAAAAAGCCUUGUUUUAAAUGCUUUUGUAAACUAAUUUGGAAGAGUAACACUUUUUUUUACCCUUUU